CUCCGGGCUUCCCCCGGGGCCCGGACGAGGCCCGGGCCCGAGGAAAUGUUCAUCUGCGUCAAACACGGAGACGCGCAGGAAUUUCUGGCCAACACCAACUGCUCCGUCCCGUUCCUGCUGCAGUACGCCCGACACAAGGUCGGGCUGCCCGACUCAGCGCCCAUCGACCUGUGCGACGAGGCGGGGACGCUGAAGCUGCUCUUCACGGCCAAGUUCCCGGGGGAGAGCGCCGCCAAGUACCUCCCGCCGCGGGGCAUCUACUACGUGUGCCGGCUGGAGCGGGGCCCGCCGGGGUCCCGCAACGAGAGCGCCUAUCGAGCCAUCGUCCCCAUCCUCGAGGACCCGGGACCCGGAUUACUGGACGCCCUGCGGGCCCAGUGCGAUUACCUGGAGAAGAAUCGCCUAAAGCUUCACCGUGGGCAGGAGAAGAGGGUCCCCGCCAUCGACUCCUCCGGCUGUCUCUCGGCCAAAGGCACGGGACGCGGGGGGCCGACGGAGGAGGAGGCUCUGGGGAGGAGGGGGCUUCCCGUCUCCAGGGCCAAAUCCGAAACCGGCGGCAAGAAGGAGAGACACCGCUGAGCAAUAAACCCCGCGCGCGCUCGACGACCCAAAA